AUGAGCAAUAAUAAAGCUCUGUUGUACUCCAUUCCUGACAGUGAAAGAGCACCUGUUGUUAAAGACUUGGAUUUGCAACCCAAUGAGCUUCCUGUAGAACGAGCUUUGGGCGUGCAGUGGUGCACAAGUUCUGACAGCUUCAAAGUUCAGCUGCCAGACAAGCCAUGCACAAGAAGAGGUAUUUUAUCUGUUGCCAGCUCUGUGUAUGAUCCUUUAGGAUUUUUGGCACCACUUCUACUACCUGUUAAGCUUAUUCUGAGAGAACUUUGUAAAGAGAAGCGAGGAUGGGAUGAAGAAAUCUCAGAACAGUCACGCCGGACAUGGCUAAGGUGGUUGUCAGAUCUCGACAAGCUUUCUGAACUCAGUGUGAGCAGAUGUGUUAAGCCUGCUUCAUUCGGACCCACAGAGUCUGCACAAAUUCAUCUCUUUUCCGACGCUAGCCAGGAUGGAUAUGGAGUUGUGUCAUAUCUUUUGUUGACUAAUGAACGAGGUGAAACACAAGUGUCAUUCCUGAUAGGAAAAUCCAGGGUAGCACCUCUUAAACAAAUGACAAUUCCCAGAAUGGAAUUAACAGCAGCAGUGGUUGCAGUCAAAGUGGAUCGGAUGCUGAGAGAAGAACUUCAACUACCACUGAAGAAAUCAGUCUUCUGGACCGACAGUACCACAGUACUGAGCUACAUUGAAAGUGACAGCAUUCGCUUUAAAACAUUUGUGGCAAACCGAAUCUCUUUGAUCAGGGAACUGACAGACCGAUCUCAGUGGAAAUAUGUGAGCAGUUCACAAAAUCCAGCGGAUCUGGCAUCAAGAGGUUUGAAAAUUGAAAACUUCAUCAAAAGUGUAAUUUGGUUUCAGGGACCAAGUUUCCUGUUAAAUGAAGAGCAUUGGCCAAAACAACCUAAACAUUCUAGGUUAAUGGAACAGAAUGAAGUAAGGACAACAGUUGCAACGACGUGUGCAAAACCAUGGAGAAAUGAUGAGACAAUGAGUCGACUUAUUGACCAUUACUCCAGCUGGCAUAAGCUCAAAAAAGCCGUUGCCUGGAUUCUGCGCCUCAAAGAGACUCUGAGACAUCUGAGUAAAAAGAGAAAAGAAACUGUACUAAAAGUGCAACAGUCUGAAAAUGAACCAGAGAAAGUUGAGACUUUUGUUCAACAACAGAUGAUCACAUUUAGAAGAAAGUUGGAAAAGAAAAUGCUCACUGUUGAAGAUUUGUCCAACGCCGAAACAGAGCUGAUCAAGUUCAGUCAGAGACAAGCUUAUGCAGCUGAAAUCAAAGCUUUGCAGCACGGAAGCACACAUGUGGGCAGAACCAGUUCAAUCUCCAGAUUAGAUCCAUACCUACAAGAUGGUGUUUUGAGAGUAGGGGGACGUCUGAAUAGAUUGAAAAUGCCAGAAGAGGUCAAGCAUCCUGCCAUUCUGCAUAAACAUCACAGAAUAGCCAACCUCAUUCUGCAUCAUAUCCACCAAAUGACAGGACAUGGUGGCAGAAAUUAUGUUCUGGCCAGAAUGCGACAAAAAUAUUGGAUACCAGCAGCCAAUGCAGCUGUUAGAAAGGUAAUCUCAGAGUGCAAUCUCUGCAGGAGACUGCAUGCAAGACCAGGGCAACAGAAAAUGGCAGAUCUGCCACAUGACCGCCUGCUUCCUGAUAAACCACCUUUUACCAACACAGGUGUGGAUUAUUUUGGCCCUUUUGAGGUCAAAAGAGGGCGUGUCAAGGUCAAACGUUACGGAGUGCUUUUCACAUGUCUAACUGUCAGAGCUGUGCAUAUUGAAGUUGCUCAGUCUCUUGAUACAGAUUCAUGUAUUAACGCGCGCUGCUUUUCAAAGCAGAAGAGGACAAGUUUCCAUCAUUCGUUCUGA